AUGAGCGAUAAGAAUCAGGAGCUUCUCUCCGUGCUCGACGUAUUCUCGCGCGCACCAGAUAAAGCCUCGCUCGAUAAAGCAAAUUCGUGGCUCCAGGAUUUCCAGCAUUCUCCUGAAGCGUGGUCAACCUGCGAUGCUAUCCUGCACUCACCCGCACCCCCAGCAGCACAGCUGUUUGCUGCACAGACAUUCAGGACCAAAGUGACUUUCGACCUCCACCAGGUCGAACAAGAUAAUCUACUCCCUUUGCGAGACAGACUGCUAGCAGCGCUGCAGAGAUAUCAUAUAGGUCCCCGCACGAUCAUCGUACAGCUCUGCCUAGCCAUCUCCGGACUUGCUCUUCAGCUACCAUCAUGGGAUGAUGCCGUACAAACCAUGAUAGACAUGUUUGGCGCGAAUCCAGUGACUGUGCCAACAUUACUGCAAUUCUUGACACUGCUUCCCGAGGAGCUGACCGGGAACUCAAGGAUCCCUGUAACGGAUGAUGAAUAUAGAGAGCGUUCAGGAUCUCUCCUUACUGCAAAUUCGACGAAGAUUCUGAAUUUAUUAGCUAUGUAUAAUCAGGCACCUGGCGUCACUAAUGCCGUUCAAAGCCAAAUCUUCGAUUGUCUUCGAAGCUGGCUUGUUGCUGGUGAGGUUAGGACAAGUGACCUAGCCGCGACUCCCCUCCUUGCCUUUGCCUUCGCCGCAUUAGAAUCCGAAGAACUCUUCGAUUCGGCCGUCGAUGUGAUCUGCGAGUUGAUCCACGAAACACAAGAAAUAGACGACAACAUGCCUGUCAUCGAGCUUGUUGUCCCUCACGUCAUCGCGCUUCGUCCCCGUCUGAGCAUAGACAAAGACGACCCCGAGAAGAUUCGUGGAUACGCCCGUAUAUUCGCUGAAGCCGGGGAAACGUACCGCCUGUUGCUCCUCCAACAUACAGAGACCUUCUUCCCCAUUGUCGAGGCCAUUGGAGAAUGUUCGGCCUACCCAGACUUGGAUAUCGUACCCAUCACAUUCCCUUUCUGGAUGCGACUCGCGCAAGUCAUCGGGAAGAAACCAUCCGUGUCUCACCACUUCCAGGACGCCUACCGCAGUCUCAUGGCCGUCAUCAUACAACAUUUACACUUCCCUCCAGACGCAGAGCCUUUGUCCGCGCAGGAUGCAGAGAAGUUCCGGUCUUUCCGCCACGUUAUGGGGGAUACUCUCAAGGAUUGUUGCAUGGUGCUCAGACCAGAGACGUGCAUCACGGCAACGUACAAUAUGGUUGCCAAUGCUCUCUCUCAACCGCCAGGAUCCGUUUCGUGGCAAGCAAUAGAGGCGCCCUUAUUUGCUAUGAGGUCUAUGGGAGCAGAAGUCGAUCCCCGAGAUAACACCGCUGUCCCAAAAAUAAUGGAUCUUCUACCUUCACUUCCGGAUUUCCCUCGCGUCCGCUACGCCGCCCUGCUCAUUAUUUCUCGUUAUACCGAAUGGAUCAGUCAACAUCCAGAAUAUAUUCAAGCUCAAUUACAAUAUAUCUCAACGGGGUUCCAAAGUUCCGACAUAGAGGUCUCUGCAGCCGCAGGACAGGCUCUGAAAUAUCUGUGCCAAGAUUGCAAAGAGCACCUAAUUGAUUUCUUGCCUACACUCCAUAAUUUCUUGACCACCACAGGCGCAGCUUUGUCACAAGAGGACCGACGCGAAGUCUAUGAGGCUAUUGCAUAUGUUAUUUCCGCCAUGCCAAUGGAUCGUGCGGCCGAUUCGCUCAGGACCUUCGUUAUGGAUAUCAUGACGCAAGUUCAUGUCAUCACAGUAAAGGGCACAGCUACGAAACAAGAACUGCAAGUAGUUGGCUGCGGUCUGGAAAACCUCGAAGUAAUGUUGCAUGUUGUUCGCGGCUUUGGCGAAGAUCUGCCUGAAGCAUGCCAAAAUACUUGCCAAGAGAUGUGGACUGUAUUCGACAACUUCAUCACCAAAUACGGAAACGAUUACGGGAUCGCGGAGCGAACAACUCGCGUCCUUCGACACGGAAUAACGCUUUACGGCAAGGCAGGCCUCAACGUCGCCCCGUCUGCUGUUGCACGGAUGGCCCAAGCCUUCACAAUAACGGGGUUCCCAAGUUAUCUGUGGAUUGCAGGCAAAAUUGUCAGUCAGUAUGGCAGUGAAGAAAGUCCAGAACUUCGUGCAUCAUUUUUGGGAGUCUACGAAACGGCCACGAGUAAGGUUGUGUCCCUACUUCAAGAAAAGACGCCAGGGGAUAUACCUGAUGUCAUCGAGGAUUACGUUCAGAUGCUCUUGCAGCUUGCCGACUUCGCACCAGACGUCUUCUAUCAAUCAUCCGCCUUCCCUCUUGCAUUCCGGGCGACGAUGGCGGCCCUUACAAUGGUUCAUUCUGAUAUCUUGUUUGCUUCCCUAGAUCUCUUUCGCAUCAUCUUCACUCACGAGUGUCUCACGGACACAACUAACCCACCACCAAAAUAUCCUCUCUACGCCGCUGCGAUCCGGGGUGUCUUCGAAAAGGAGGGCUUUGAGUUCUUGGGGCUUUUGUUAGCGGGUUUGAUAGGUGACUUCCCAGAGGACUCGGCUUCGACUGUUGUAUCGAUAUUCCGCGCGACGGCCAUCGUAUGGAUGCAGCAGUUGCUUACUUGGUUGCCUUCAAUACUGCAACAGCUGCCGAACUCUGCAGCGCCCGCGGACGCCAAGACCCAGUUCUUCGCAGACGUCAGCAGUUCCCUCCAGAGCAAGCAAUACGACAAAGUCAAGUACGCUAUCUUGACGCUGAAUCGCGCGUCCCGCAAAGCGAAGGAUCGAAGACGUGGCCUGGAUCGUUAG